GUCGUCGUCGUGGACGUCUCAAAUCCUCAGUAGUUGGAGUGAUCUUCCUGAAGAUCUUUGGGAUGGAAUACUGCGUAAAUUGUUGGAUCCUUCCGCUUACAUUCAAUUAGGAAGGGUUUGUAAAUCGUUCCGUACAGUAGCCAUGCGACAAAAACCUGAACGACAAGCAACAAUGCAUGCACAGGCACCACUCGUACUUCUAGUUAAGUCUCAAUACCAGGAAAGUUUACCCAUCGGAUCUCAGCUGGUUGGCAAACUGUACAGCAUCGAGGAAACUAAAGUAUACAAUCACGACGUUCGUUACCCGGGUCCGCUACGUCGCUCCUCUCGUGGUUGGUUAAUCAGUAGUAUGUACAAUCGGCUUCGUCGGCAUCGUCGUGAUUCGUUGGAACUUCUUAAUCCGUGUACUGAAAAGAUCACCGAAAUCCCUAAGGAUACACGUGUUGGUUACUGGAAAGUAACUUUGUCUUGCGAUCCUACAACAAAUCCGAAUGAUUUCGUGGUCGGUGCACUAAGUAAUUUUGACCACGGUGAUCGACUACGUGAUAAAUUUCACAACGGAUUGUUGUAUGGCCUGAACGAGAAUGGUCGGGUUGUUGCUUUUGAUUGCGGAAGUAGUAAUCAUGAUGAUGAUCAGUUAGUUCCCACAAUCAUUGUACCUGGAGAUGAUAGGACUCCUUUGUGGCUCCCUUGCCUGGUGGAAGCUUCUAAUGGUGACUUAUUGCUAGUAGAGUGUCAUUAUCGUGUAUGGAUCGGAAACUCGUCAAGAGGGAAACACAGAACCCGGCCGGCGUUGACAGUGUUGAGGAAUUCAGUUGGGAACAAAUUUCGGAGUUGGAAAACGGGGAUUCCUUAUUUCUCGUCUUACUAUGGUUUCUGA